AUGGGAGAAGAAACCCCGAGAGAGUCUGUGUGUAUGUGUGUCAGCAAAGCAGUUUGCUUCCGCAUCAAAGGAACGCAGGAGUUGCCAUACCAAAUCGAGCUAAUGGUUCGUUGGUUUGGUGUCUUCCUUUCAGCAGUAGCCAGUAAAUAUCAGCUGUCUCCAACGGUGAACAUGCCCCAGGAUGACACUGUCAUUAUUGAAGAUGACAGACUGUCCGUACUCCCUCCUCAUCUCUCUGACCAGUCGUCAUCCAGUUCCCACGAUGAUGUUGGGUUUGGCACUGUUGAUGCUGGUGGAUGGGCUAAAGCUUCAAUUAAUGAAUCAACAGACUGCACUCUUAGUCCAGAUGUUGAUCCAGUGCUUGCCUUCCAGCGAGAGGGUUUUGGACGCCAGAGCAUGUCAGAAAAGCGUACAAAGCAAUUUUCAGAUGCCAGUCAGUUGGAGUUUGUUAAAACACGAAAAUCCAAAAGCAUGGAUCUAGUAGCUGACGAGACUAAGCUCAGUACAAUGGAUGACCAGAAAACAGGUUCUCCAACCAGAGAUGUGGGGCCUUCAUUAGGUCUGAAGAAGUCCAGCUCAUUAGAAAGUCUGCAGACAGCCGUUGCUGAGGUGACUCUGAAUGGUGAUAUUCCCUUCCACCGCCCACGCCCGCGAAUUAUCCGAGGACGAGGCUGCAAUGAGAGCUUCAGAGCUGCCAUAGACAAAUCAUAUGAUAAACCUGUAGCAGAUGAUGAUGAUGAAGGCAUGGAAACAU